AGCUCAGCGCUGGACUGCAACAUAGUCAAAGAGUGAAAGGGAAGAGGGCGAAAGUGCCACUGGAGAUAAUUGAUUAGCCACCAAUCAAUGAUAACUUGUUAGUAAUCUUCAACUGUUUGGACUUCGCCAUUUUCAGGGAGGCACCUCACUCCUGCGGAUCGAGAGUUUGAGCGCAUCCCACUUUGGAAUAACCCUAUCCUUUAUUCAUUUUUUUUUAUGUAUCUUUUUUACUUUGCCGCGAAAGUGGUAUGUGAUCUUUAUUUUUUCAUUCAUUCUCGGCGUUUUUGUAAGCUAUAAAAUCUCAAGCAACUAAACUUUUCCUCCAACCAGUGAUGACAUCCAAAGAGGUGGCCAAAUGCGACGCGGCGGAGAGCAGGAGGCGCAGCCCGCUGGACCACUUGCCACCUCCUGCCAACUCCAACAAGCCGCUGACGCCCUUCAGCAUCGACGACAUCCUGAACAAACCGUCUGUGAAGCGGAGCUACGCCAUCUGCGGCACGGCUCAUCUCAUCUCGUCCUCCGAGAAGCACCGUCCGUCCAGCCUGCCGCUGUCCAGUCGCGCACUGCUCACACAAACGUCCCCUCUGUGCGCCCUGGAGGAGCUGGCCAGCAAGACCUUCAAGGGACUGGAAGUUAGUGUGCUACAGGCUGCAGAAGGCCGAGAUGGAAUGACCCUGUUCGGUCAGAGGAGCACCCCAAAGAAGCGUCGGAAGUCCCGGACGGCCUUCACCAACCAUCAGAUCUACGAGCUGGAGAAGCGCUUCCUGUACCAGAAGUACCUGUCCCCCGCAGACCGGGACCAGAUCGCCCAGCAGCUGGGUCUGACCAACGCGCAGGUCAUCACGUGGUUUCAGAACAGAAGGGCCAAGCUAAAGCGGGACUUGGAGGAGAUGAAGGCCGACGUGGAGUCGGCCAAAGCCAUCGGCCAGGUACCGUUGGACAAGCUGGCCAAGCUGGCGGACCUGGAGAAGUGCGCUAACGGCACGCUGGGCCACCCGCGCGCCGAUUCCCCCGCGCGGGGAGGCCCGCAGGAUCACCCGCACGAGCUGGUUCAGAAACUGCGCAGCUCUCCGCUGUCUCCCUUCUCGGACCACACAACGAGCAAGGAGUGCUCGGAGGAUGAGGACGUGGAGAUAGACGUGGAUGACUGAUGGCUUUACGCACACACUGACAGAGAGAGAUGGUGGGGGUGGAGAUGAUCCUGCAGAGAGGACUUGUAAACUUACUGCUUAUAUGAGAACAUGUACCAAAACGAAACGACUUUUUCUAUCGGCACAGAUUCACAGUAAAGCAUGAGCGCAGAAAUAUGCAGUGAUGUAUUCAUUAGCGAACUUUUAUUGUUUCCAUCAAAGCAAUAUGGCCUAAAAAUAACCAGUUUUAUUUUUUUAAAGCAACGAACACGCAUUGGCAUGCACACACACACACACACACACACACACACACACACAUACACACACACACACCUGCUCUGUUGGUUUUCCAAUCCCCCCUCCACAAACACAUUCACCUCAAUAAAACAUCUGUUUCCCAUGUUUGCAUGGAAAUGCAUGAUUUGAUUUAUAAACAUAUAUUUAUUUUCACUUUUUUUAAUUAUUAUUUUAUUCCAAGAGCCAAGCCCUCUUUCAGUCACUGCCGGCUCUUCCUCCUCCGUGUCUCCAGAAAUCAGCCGGAAUAUAUGGUGAUUUCCCUCCCUCCACAGCUUUUAGAUUAUUGUUUGUAUACAAUAGAUUUACAGUUCUAUAAAUUUUGUUAUGUUUUGUACACCUGUAAGUGCCUUCCUAAAAUCAGGACAUUAUCUGAAAACCAAUGCACAGACUGUAUUGUAUAUAGGCUACGAUGGGAAUAAAAAUUGCU